ACCUGGGAAGCGUCCUCGUCCGUGGCAGGAGCGUGUAAAAGCAAAAAGCUGAAGCCGCUCCGAUUUGGGGGCGCUUGGCUGGUGAAGGUGUGCUGCUUGCCUGCGGGUCCCCCAAACUGAGUUACAGGGUCUUCUGAAAUGGACGAAGCAGCCGCUUAGUGUCUCAGUUAAGCACAGAGGAGGCAGCACAAGAGCCCAAACUCAGGAGCUUGAAGGGUGGCAAGUCAUGCUUGGAAUGAGACAAAGUCAUCGCCAAAACCAAAUUAACUAUCACCAGCCUGCCCAAGAUGCUGCUGUCCCCCCGAGGAUCAGCUCCCCCAAGGUAAACGACAUCAACCUGGAGGUGUUUAGUGACUCCACGCCUGAACUCAAGCGAACCCGCAAGCCAACCCGGGACAGAAGAGCCUGCAAAGUCGAUUCCAAAGGCUCCAAUGGGAGGGAAGGAGAAACCGUCACCUUCAUUUCUGACACGGCAGAAGCCCCUCAGCCCUCAAGCUGCCCCACUCUGUCCCAAGCCUGGAACGCUUACAAAGCCGUCUUCUGCUGUAUCGUGACGUGCGGAGGCUGUUUCCGGGACUGCCAGGCCAGCAUCUCGUAUCCAUACAACGAGACAUUGGCAGAGGAAGGGAAGAGAGAGUGCAAUGGGCAUUUGCCAAACAGUCCGGCCAGCAGCUCCCCCACCGAAAAGAACGGGAGCCAAACCAAAAAGAGCGCAGUGGGCAGCAGCUUCAGCUACCCAGAUGUGAAACUGAAAGGGAUCCCGGUUUUUCCAAACCGGAGCCCCAACUCCCACACGGAGACGGAGUCAUGCUACAAGGAGACUCUGCCGGAAAAGGUCUCCCAGAAUAGCACAGAGAAGCAGACUCUCUCCGACAGCCACCGAAGCUCUGAGGAUCGCUAUUCGUUCUACGAGGAGCUGGAUUUUGAGAACGAUGAGCAGGACAGCUCCAUGUCCAUGUCCAGCCAUCAGAUUGACAUUCUGAUCUUCAAGAAACUGACCGAGCUCUUCAGCGUCCACCAGAUCGAUGAGCUGGCCAGGUGUACCACUGACACAGUCUUCCUGGAGAAGACCAACAAGAUCUCAGACCUCAUCAACAGCAUCACUCAGGACUAUCACUUGGAUGAACAAGAUGCCGAGUGUAGGCUGGUCCGGGGCAUCAUCCGCAUCAGCACACGCAAAAGCAGGAAACGACGCCCUGUUGCUUCCUCAGCCCUCCCAAGCCAGGAGGAGAAUGCAAACCAAGGGAAUCUGCCUGAUAGCGGCAAUGAGACCAUGCUGGCGUCCGUGGUCACCAGUGAGGAAGAUCUGUCGGUUCAGAUCUCUGUGGAAACCACAGCAGACGUGAAGGCCAGGAACAUGCGGCAUGGAGCAUACGGUCCUGCAGGAUCUCCACUAAGCACGGGCUCUUCUCUCCAGGACACCGAAACAGACUCAUCUGGCGCACCUCUGCUUAAAGUAUAUUGCUAAGAAAACGGACCUAAGGAACCUGUGGUGGGCAACAAGGACA